AAAUACAAAGCAUCACUCUCCACUCUCAUAUUUAUUAUGCUCGAGUGUCCAACACCUAUCACCUACCAAAUUCGUUGAUUUCAUAGAGAUGAGCGGAGAAGGCAAGGUAGUGUGUGUUACUGGGGCUUCGGGAUACAUAGCUUCAUGGAUCGUUAAGCUCUUGCUUCAGCGUCGCUACACUGUUCAUGCCACCGUUCGCUCCCUUGAUGAUCCUAAAAAGACUGAACACCUACGUGCUCUUGAUGGAGCUAAGGAAAGGUUAUCUCUGUUUGAAGCUAACUUGACUGAAGAAGGAUCUUUCGAGUCUGCUGUUAGUGGCUGCGAUUGUGUCUUUCAUACAGCAUCUCCUGUUCUGCUUUCAGUGUCUGAACCACAGGCUCAAUUGUUAGAACCUGCAGUGAAGGGGACACUUAAUGUCCUUAAAUCAGCUGCAAAAGUUCCAUCUCUCAAAAGAGUGGUCUUGACAUCUUCCAUGGCUGCAGUUAUGUUUCCCGCAAAACCUCUGGAGUUUGGUGAUGUGAUGGAUGAAACCUGGUUUUCAGAUCCAGAAACAUGUGAGCAAAAAAAGUUAUGGUAUGCCCUUUCAAAGACCCUGGCUGAGGAUGCUGCUGUAAAAUUUUGUAAAGAGAAAGGUUUGGAGUUGGUGGCUAUAAACCCUGGCUAUGUCAUCGGUCCUAUCUUACAACCAACUCUUAACCUCACUUCUGAGGGCAUUAUGGGCAUGAUUGAAUCCGGAAAGGAAGUAUUCCCAGAUGGAAUUUAUAGACUUGUUGAUGUGAGAGAUGUUGCUAAUGCUCAUAUUUUAGCAUUUGAGAACCCCCAAGCAAAUGGUAGAUACUGUUUGGUAGGCGAAGUGAUUCGAUCUUCUGAGAUCAUGAAGAUUUUAAAUAAAAACUACCCUGUUCUUGGCCAUUCUGAAAAGUAUAAAGACGGAAUUGGUGGUGAGCCUGUACCUUACACUGUAUCGAGGGCAAAAGCGGAAAGUUUAGGUGUUGAAUUUACUCCGUUGGAGGUAAGCAUCAAGGACACUGUUGAAAGCCUCAAAGAGAAGAACUUUCUGAGCUUCUAAACCACAUGAUGAUGUUCAUGAAGACUAGGAUUCUUUUUAAAGGAAACCUGCAAUGGAGAACUUGUAGUCUUUUGAUCAUCUAGUAUAUUAAUGUGUAAAAGGUUGACUUAUCAGUGACUCCAUAAGUUUGUGAAAAAUAUUUGAUAAAAAUCAUCUUUUUGCAUUCA